UAGUCUUCCUUUCCUCAGUGAUUUUAGGACUCCCAAGAUUUUUGUUUUUCUUGCUUGCUUGCUUACUUAUUCUGAUUAAUGAAUGUUACUAGUGAGCACACAUCUGUUUUUGUUUUUGUUUUUGUUUUUGUUUUGAUUGGUCAGAUUGGUUUCUCUCUCUUGUACAUAAAGCACGCAUUUUUCGCUCUCUAUUUUUGUGUGUCAUAUGGCACAAUUACCGCCCAAAAUACCAAGCAUGACUCAAAAUUGGCAUUCAUCUCCUCACCAACGAAUGCCAAUUAUAGCAAACUUCAUUCCCACAAACCAUAACACCAACAACAACACCCAACAUCAUCAACAACAACAACAACAACAACCUCCCUCUUGGAUAGAUGAGUUCCUCGACUUCUCAUCCGCCCGACGCGGAUCCCACCGUCGGACUGUGAGCGAUUCCAUUGCCUUUCUGGAAGCCCCAUUCAUUGAAGAAUGCCGGAAUUCUAGCACCGCGGUAGUCAUGCAUGGGAAUAAUGGUUUUGACCGUUUGGACGACGAGCAGCUCAUGUCAAUGUUCUCCGAUGAUUUAUCGGUCACACUUCCGCCUACUGUGUCGUCUUCCAACCCGUCCACGCCAUCCGAUCACAACAGCAAUAUUGAUGAUGACAACAAGCCAAUGCCACUAGAACAGCAGCAACAGCCUAAAGCUGAACCAGGAGAGGUGGAAAGCUCAUGCAAUACUGACCCACAAGCGCCACCGCCCUCCGCAACCCCCACCGGAGACUCCAUCACCGAUCCUAAGAGGGUUAAAAGAAUCUUGGCAAACCGGCAAUCAGCGCAAAGGUCUAGAGUUAGGAAGCUACAAUAUAUUUCAGAGCUUGAACGGAGUGUGACAACGUUACAGACCGAAGUAUCAGCGUUGUCACCACGGGUUGCAUUCUUGGACCACCAGAGGUUGAUUCUUAAUGUUGAUAAUAGCGCUCUCAAGCAACGGAUCGCUGCUUUGGCUCAGGAUAAGAUUUUCAAAGAUGCUCAUCAAGAGGCAUUAAAGAAGGAAAUAGAGAGAUUGAGGGAAAUCUACCACCACCAGAACCUUAAGAAGAUGAGCAACCAAAAUGCAGCACAACCACGACAGCCACCAACCUCUGCUCCCUUGGGCUGUACAAACACACAGCAGCUUAUCAACUGAGGCUGAGAGAGUAGUGGCGCGCGCGCGUGUGAGAAUCAGAUCACGUACUGCUAUUGUAGCUGCAUUCUGCUAACAGGUGUUUUCACGUGAUAUUUGUUCCCACUUGUAUGUUUAUGUGGGACCUCUCUGACAAGCUUCCUAAGAUUCAAAGGGCUUGGAAUGGACACGUGGUUUUCUUAGAUUGGGUGGUGAAAAUAUCUUGUUUUUUCCAGUAAUGUUUUGGGGAAAAUGGGAUUGGUUUUUUUUUCUUUUUUCUUUUUUUGGUUAAAUGUAUUCAUGACUACAGUAUAUUUUUUUUUCUUUUUUUUCAUCUCUAAUUUUCAAUUAAUUUUUUGAGGGGCAAAGUAUGGUGGUUGUAUUUGAUAAAAGAAAGAGUUCAGGGCGAGGGAUCGUUAAUGUCUAAUUAUUGGAUUUUUCUA